CAAACCUCCCCUCAGGUUUCUCUAAAUCAGGGAUGGGCAACUUUGAUGGGGUGGGAGCCACAAAAAAUCUGAACUCAUGGCCGCGGGUCUGUGUACCCACAUCCAUAUCCACACAUGCAGUCAGAGAUGGCCCUAGCCUUUUGGGGGCCCUAAGUUAGUCUAGCCAAUCUAAAAAUGUUUAGCUGACAUGGGCAAAUUGAGUGGCUGUCAGGGACUGACAUAAUAACAGAAAAACUCCUAAUGCACAACCAAAUUUAGAAAAAAUGCACUUUGUGUAUUCUACUAUUCUAACUCUCAGCAGUAAAUUGGGCAGGGUAUUUGGCAGGGUAGCUGGGGUGUCGGCCGCCCGCCACCUUCUGGCUGGCUGGCUGACUGCAACACUGACACAGUGGAGUACUGUCCUUGAGAUUUACUUGGUUGCUUCCCAGAUAUAAUUCAUUAUUUCUAUGGAAAAAGACAUGUGAUACUUGAAUAGAUUUUGCCAAAAGAAAUAAAAGAGUGAUAUCAGCCAGUGUAGGAAAGCCAAGUAACAUUAUGUCCAAAUCCAACAGAACAUGAAGAUACUGCCACUUUCUGGACUUAACAGGUACUGCAGUCUUAUUGACAAAUACUACAGUCGACUCUGUUCUUACGCCCAUCUAGUUUAAAUAUUUGAGAUAUUUCUUUCAAAGAGACAUUGAAUCAAUAUAACUGAGACGAGCAAAAAACCCACUAAUACAUUGUUUUCUCUACAAUCAAGAUCUGAUACUGUAUAGAUUGUGUAGGUUACAUGUAGAAGAAACAGAAUACUAUAACAUAGUAUGUGUUACCAAAGUAUUUUGUUAGGCUGCUUUGUGGUUGUUGUUGUUUGUGUUGUCACCACUAGUGUCCCUAAUGUGUCUGUUGCCAUGUCUCUCUGCUCAGCCAUAUCACUUCCUAUUUGGCUGCCUGUGUGUGUGUGUUUUUGUGUCAUGGUGUGGUAGUAGAUAGUGGCUCAGAGACCCUGGACUGUUUUAGUGUGGGGAGAGUUUGUUAUGCAAAGCGUAAUAUGCUGGCACCUGGCAGGCAUGACAAGUGUGUGUGUGUGUGUGUGUGUGUGUGUGUGUGUGUGUGUGUGUGUGUGUGUGUGUGUGUGUGUGUGUGUGUGUUAGUGGCUGACUGUCUCAGGGUGCAGUCCUGUGGUAAUAGUAAGGGCUAGAUUAGGGACAGGGCUAGGGAAAGAGUAAACUGUGUAUAUUACAACAUAUCAUCUUUGUUUAUUGUGUGGGUCACAGAAGGAUACCAAGAAGAGGUUUUGGUGUUGGAUCACUCACAUUCCUAGACUGACUGACAGUCACAGAGAAGUUUGGGAAGCAGAACCACUGCUCUUCUCAAUUCACUUCACCACUGCUGCUGUCUACUGUGACCACCAGAGGGGGCUGUAUACAUGUGUAAGUUACCAACCUUAGACUGAAUAGGAGACUCCUCAAUGUGGGAGUUAGCCAAGUACAGUAAGUGCUAAUGUAACAAUUUGAGGUCCUGAGCGCUCUGGAGCAGGUUUUCAUCAAGGAUCUCUGUGUACUUUUCUCCGUUCAUCUUUCCCUUGAUCCUGACUAGUCUCCCAGUCCCUGCCGCUGAAAAACAUCCCCACAGCAUGAUGCUGCCACCACCAUGCGUCACUGUAGGGAUGGUGCCUGGUUUCCUCCAGAUGUGACACUUGGCAUUUAAGCCAAAGAGUUCAAUCUUGGUUUCAUCAGACCAGAGAUUCUUAUUUAUCAUGGUCUGAUAGUCCUUAAAGUCCUUUAGCCGUUUGGCAAACUCCAAGCAAACUCCAACACUCCUGUCAUGUGCUUUUUACUGAGAAGUGGCUUCCAUCUGGCCACUCUACCAUAAAGGCCUGAUUGGAAGAGUGCUGCAGAGAUGGUUGUCUUUCUGGAAGGUUCUGGAAGGUUCUCCCAUCUCCACAGAUCUGGAGCUCUGUCAAGUUUGGGGACAACUCCCUGACCAAGGACCUUUCCCCCCGAUUUCUCAGUUAGGCCGGGCGACCAGCUCUAGGAAGCGUCUUGGUGGUUCCAAACUUCUUUCAUUUAAGAAUGAUGGAGGCCACUGUGUUCUUGGGGACCUUCAAUGCUGCAGACAUUUUUUGGUACCCUUCCCAAGAUCUGUGCCUAGACACAAUCCUGUCUCAGAGCUCUAUGGACUCUUCCUUCGACCUCAUUGCUUGGUUUUUGCUCUGACAUGCACUGUCAACUGUGGGACGUUAUAUAGAGGUGUGUGCCUUUCCAAAUCCUGUUCAUUUAAUUGAAUUUAUCACAGGUGGACAUCUCAAGGAUGAUCAAUGGACACAGGAUGCACCUGAGCUCAAUUUUCGAGUCUCAUAGCAAAGGGUCUGAAUACUUAUGUAAAUAAGGUAUUUCUGUUUUGUAUUUUUUUUAUGCUGUGUUCUGCUUUGUCAUUAUGGGGUAUUGUAUGUAGAUUGAUGAGGAUUUUUUUAUUGAAUCCAUUUUAGAAUAAGGCUGUAAUGUAACAAAAUGUGGAAAAGGGGAAGGGGUCUGAAUACUUUCCGAAUGCAAUGUAAGUGCUUGGAUUUUUUCAACUUUGGAGAAUCUCUCGUAAAAUGGGUAAAAUGUACAUACAACAAUCUUCUAUGACAAAAAAUAAAUAACAGUUACUUCUCUUUGAAUUGCCAAGAGGUGUAAAACAAGGUUGUUCUUUGUCACCAUACCUAUUUAAUAUGGCCAUUGAACUGUUAGCUUUAAAAUCAGAUCAACAAUAACUUUAUGGGGCUAAAAAGGAAUGGAUUAGAGACAAAAGUAUCAAUGUACACCAAUGAUUAAAGCAUUCUCUUGAGACCUCAAUCUUCAUCCUUGAAGAGCCUUAUUGAAGACCUGGAUAAUGGUCCAGUUUCUCUGGACUAAAACUCAACUAUGAUAAGUAUACUAUAUUAUGGAUUGGGUCUCCAAUAGAUACAGUGGGGCAAAAAUACUUUUUUGCCCCACUGUACAAGCUUAAAAUUUCGAUGUGGUCUCCCAAUUAAAUGGGCGGAUGGUGAAGUUGAUGUGCUUGGUGUUAGGGGUGCUGCCAGGGAUUUUGGGCCCCAUGAAAAGAUAUCACAUUGGGCCCCACCACCACCACAGGCCACACCAACCCUGCGUUAACAUCCUGAGAAUCAAGAUGUUAACUUAUAUUUACUGAUUGCUGUAACCACACACCUCCAGAACCCAAUCAAAGCCUUAAAUAACUCUACCUUUGCAGGCUUGCAACUCUCUUGUAGUCCAAAAUUUACUGUGCGAUAUUUACUGACACUGAGCUGUGAAAAUAUAACACUGUGCAGACAUGCAUGCAACAUUCUGCAUACAGUGGAAUUCACUAUUUGAUGCAAGACUGAUGCCCUCUAUAAGAAAUGUGCUAAAGGCCAUCUUUUACAGUCUAAAUGUCAUUUGAAUGGUAAAAUACUUGAAUCUUAACAUUAAAAUAAAUAUAAUUUAAAUAUACAUUAACCAUUAACGGUCACAGGGAGUGUGAAAAAUAUACGUAAAGAAAUGCACACUUCUACAGAAAUGCUUUGCAGCUGCAUCUUACAAAUUGCAUUCAGGAGACCAAGAGGGGACAAGUUAGGGGGGGAAGUGUCAGCAUAUACAGUGUUCAGGUGUCAGGAGACCAAGAGGGAACAAGUGGCAGCAUAUACAGUGUUCAGGUGUCAGGAGACCAAGAGGGAACAAGUGGCAGCAUAUACAGUGUUCAGGUGUCAGGAGACAAAGAGGGGACAAGUGGCAGCAUAUACAGUGUUCAGGUGUCAGGAGACCAAGAGGGGACAAGUGGCAGCAUAUACAGUGUUCAGGUGUCAGGAGACCAAGAGGGGACAAGUGGCAGCAUAUACAGUGUUCAGGUGUCAGGAGACCAAGAGGGAACAAGUGGCAGCAUAUACAGUGUUCAGGUGUCAGGAGACCAAGAGGGAACAAGUGGCAGCAUAUACAGUGUUCAGGUGUCAGGAGACCAAGAGGGAACAAGUGGCAGCAUAUACAGUGUUCAGGUGUCAGGAGACCAAGAGGGGACAAGUGGCAGCAUAUACAGUGUUCAGGUGUCAGGAGACCAAGAGGGAACAAGUGGCAGCAUAUACAGUGUUCAGGUGUCAGGAGACCAAGAGGGAACAAGUGGCAGCAUAUACAGUGUUCAGGUGUCAGGAGACCAAGAGGGGACAAGUGGCAGCAUAUACAGUGUUCAGGUGUCAGGAGACCAAGAGGGGACAAGUGGCAGCAUAUACAGUGUUCAGGUGUCAGGAGACCAAGAGGGGACAAGUGGCAGCAUAUACAGUGUUCAGGUGUCAGGAGACCAAGAGGGAACAAGUGGCAGCAUAUACAGUGUUCAGGUGUCAGGAGACCAAGAGGGGACAAGUGGCAGCAUAUACAGUGUUCAGGUGUCAGGAGACCAAGAGGGAACAAGUUAGGGGGGGAAGUGUCAGCAUAUACAGUGUUCAGGUGUCAGGAGACCAAGAGGGGACAAGUGGCAGCAUAUACAGUGUUCAGGUGUCAGGAGACCAAGAGGGGACAAGUGGCAGCAUAUACAGUGGUUCAGGUGUCAGGAGACCAAGAGGGGACAAGUGGCAGCAUAUACAGUGUUCAGGUGUCAGGAGACCAAGAGGGGACAAGUGGCAGCAUAUACAGUGUUCAGGUGUCAGGAGACCAAGAGGGAACAAGUUAGGGGGGGAAGUGUCAGCAUAUACAGUGUUCAGGUGUCAGGAGACCAAGAGGGGACAAGUGGCAGCAUAUACAGUGUUCAGGUGUCAGGAGACCAAGAGGGGACAAGUUAGGGGGGAAGUGGCAGCAUAUACAGUGUUCAGGUGUCAGGAGACCAAGAGGGAACAAGUGGCAGCAUUUACAGUGGUUCAGGUGUCAGGAGACCAAGAGGGAACAAGUGGCAGAAUAUACAGUGUUCAGGUGUCAGGAGACCAAGAGGGGACAAGUGGCAGCAUAUACAGUGUUCAGGUGUCAGGAGACCAAGAGGGAACAAGUGGCAGCAUAUACAGUGUUCAGGUGUCAGGAGACCAAGAGGGGACAAGUUAGGGGGGAAGUGGCAGCAUUUACAGUGGUUCAGGUGUCAGGAGACCAAGAGGGAACAAGUGGCAGCAUAUACAGUGUUCAGGUGUCAGGAGACCAAGAGGGGACAAGUGGCAGCAUAUACAGUGUUCAGGUGUCAGGAGACCAAGAGGGGACAAGUUAGGGGGGGAAGUGUCAGCAUAUACAGUGUUCAGGUGUCAGGAGACCAAGAGGGGACAAGUGGCAGCAUAUACAGUGUUCAGGUGUCAGGAGACCAAGAGGGGACAAGUGGCAGCAUAUACAGUGUUCAGGUGUCAGGAGACCAAGAGGGGACAAGUGGCAGCAUAUACAGUGUUCAGGUGUCAGGAGACCAAGAGGGGACAAGUGGCAGCAUAUACAGUGUUCAGGUGUCAGGAGACCAAGAGGGAACAAGUGGCAGCAUAUACAGUGUUCAGGUGUCAGGAGACCAAGAGGGGACAAGUUAGGGGGGAAAGUGGCAGUGGUGUGGAACCUAAUGUCCAAGCCACUUAUGAUGUUGUCCAUAGCAGUAAAAAACACGGUCUCAUCAUGGAAUCUCUUAUUUUUCUUCUAAAUUUCUUCUAAGUAUUGUUGUCCGUUAGUUUACAAUCAGGGGAGGGAUGGUACACUCUUUCAAAAAAGGGUUCCAAAAGGGAUCUGCGGCUGUCCCCAUAGGAGAACCCUUUUUGAUUCCAGGUAGAACUAUUUUAGGUGCAAUGUAGAUCCCUCUGUGGAAAGGGUUCUAUAUGGAACACAAAAGGGUUUUACCUGGAACCAAAGGGGGUUCUUCAAUGGCGUUCUGCUAUGGGGACAGGAAGAAAAACCAAGGUAUUAAAAAAUGUGUAAAUAUAUAAAUAUGUGUGACAGCUACAUAAUUUAUCUGACUGACAGUAGCUCUGAUGUCCAAUGUUCCCACUGAGCUCAUUCCUGCUCAGGGUGGAGUGGAGCAGAGAGAGAACUGUGAUGUCCAAUGUUCCCACUGAGCUCAUUCCUGCUCAGGGUGGAGCAGAGAGAGAGAGAACUGUGAUGUCCAAUGUUCCCACUGAGCUCAUUCCUGCUCAGGGUGGAGUGGAGCAGAGAGAGAACUGUGAUGUCCAAUGUUCCCACUGAGCUCAUUCCUGCUCAGGGUGGAGCAGAGAGAGAGAGAACUGUGAUGUCCAAUGUUCCCACUGAGCUCAUUCCUGCUCAGGGUGGAGUGGAGCAGAGAGAGAACUGUGAUGUCCAAUGUUCCCACUGAGCUCAUUCCUGCUCAGGGUGGAGCAGAGAGAGAGAGAACUGUGAUGUCCAAUGUUCCCACUGAGCUCAUUCCUGCUCAGGGUGGAGUGGAGCAGAGAGAGAACUGUGAUGUCCAAUGUUCCCACUGAGCUCAUUCCUGCUCAGGGUGGAGCAGAGAGAGAGAGAACUGUGAUGUCCAAUGUUCCCACUGAGCUCAUUCCUGCUCAGGGUGGAGCAGAGAGAGAGAGAACUGUGAUGUCCAAUGUUCCCACUGAGCUCAUUCCUGCUCAGGGUGGAGUGGAGCAGAGAGAGAGAGAACUGUGAUGUCCAAUGUUCCCACUGAGCUCAUUCCUGCUCAGGGUGGAGCAGAGAGAGAGAGAUGUAGAAAGAGAGAGACUCAGGAGACUAGAAGGACAUCCGCUCUCCACAUCAUGACCUUUCAAUUCAAUUCAAAGAGCUUUAUUGGCAUGGGAAACAUAUAUUUGCAUUGCCAAAACAACUUCUCUCUGCGUCUCAGCCAUGACAAAG